AUGGAAGGAAUGAAGGUGAGGAUGGAUUUGGUUGCAGGUUUAGACAUGAAUGAUGCGGCCAAAGGUCUUUCUGAUCUUGUAGCCAAGAGGAAAAUAAAAGCUCUAAAUGGGCUGCGCGGAGUUGCAACCCCAACUCACAGCUUGUUCGCGGAUGAUAUUUUUGUUUUCUCCAAUGCUUCAAUCAGGAAGUUGGGUUUGAGUAUUCAGGCUGCGCCUUCUAGACUAAUUUUAGAGGUUUUCUGGAGUAAGCCUUAUAUAAAUUGGAUCAAGCUGAAUUUUGAUGGGAGCUCAAUGGGUAACCCUAGUCAAGCGGGUGCAGGUGGAAUUUUUAGAGAUCAUUUGGGAAGAGUGUUGGGAUCCUAUAAAAUAUUUAUGGGGAUUAUGGGAGUUUUUGAAGCAGAGAUGGAAGGGCUUAUGGAAGGCCUUAUGCGUGCAAGAGAUAUGGGCAUAAAUCAGUUAUGGGUGGUGUAA